AUGCCGGCGCUGCUACGAAAGGUACACCGUACACCUACACACCUCAGAGUAAAAGGCAGGUACGGGUCGGUCGACCUUCUUCGAACGUUUCUUACCAUUUUGCCUUCCGCUUGUCUGGGCCUACCGUAG